AGUAACCAACCCUACAUUUCAACAUUCCAAAAAGCUGAAUGUGUAUAUAUAUGAGUGCACCUCACACCAAAUUAUAGACUAAAUUGUGUUUAAGAGCUUGACAUUUAUUGAUAUUUGCUUUUGUUUGCCCCAAGCAAAAGAUCAAUUUUUACUUGUUACAAGAGGGAAUGCAUUCAUUUUAAUCAUUGGGUUUUGAUUUUUUUUGAAAUGGGUUCAUCAGAUCGACUCUUUAACAGGCAAAGAACUGUUCAUCAGAUUCUUGGAGGAGGUCUUGUUGCAGAUGUGUGGAGAAGUAGAAAUCGAACGGUGGGGGUUUUGAUGGUGGCUUUGGCUACUUGGGUGGUGUUUGAGAUAUCUUGUUACACCCUGUUAACAUUACUUUCAUCUGUGUUUUUGCUCCUUUUCACCAUUCUCUUUUUAUGGGCAAAAUCAGCUGCAAUUCUCAACAGACCUGCUCCGCCUCUGCCACAUUUGCGUCUCUCAGAAGAGACGGCGUAUGAGGCAGCAGCUUUUGUUCGCGAUCAAAUAAACACGGUGCUCUCUGUCUCGGAGGAUAUUGCUUAUGGGAGGGAUUCAAGGAUGUUUGUAAAAGUUGGUGUUAUGUUGUUGUUGAUGUCUGUGGUAGGGAGUCUCACUGACUUGGUCACCUUGAGCUACAUUUGCCUUGUAGUGCUUCUUACAGUUCCACCAUUUUAUGAAAGAUAUGAAGACCUUAUUGACAUGUAUGCUCUAGUUUGGUUUGGGAAGCUGCACCAUUUUUAUGUAAGUUUUGAUGAAGGAUGCAUCAACAACUUUCACAAAUGGAUUUUGGAGAUGAAGAAGUUAACUUGAUGGCCAUAAACCUUACCUUUUCUUGGUAUGGUUGUAAACAACUGAACAAAAAACAAUAAUCAAUCACAGUGUAGUUGAAUGUGGCGAGGCACUUUGCCUUGAAGCUGUUGUUUAGCAAAAAGUUGUGAAACAUGGAACAAAAGUGUUAAAAACACUUUCUACAGAUAGAUAUACAGAAGAAAAAAAUAUGUAGCAUUUUGAAGAAUCGUCUAUAGAUAAAAAAAAAUUGUUAAGA